GCAAGCUCAGCAAAAUGGCGCCGCUGGUGGUGAAAGAGGAAGAAAAAGAGGCCCCGCUCCGGGCGAUCUCUCUCGGCGAGGAGCUGAAGCGAAACCCGGACAUGAAAGAGACCGACCUCGCCCUGCUGCGCGACUGGGCCGACAAGCAGCCCCAUCUGCCCAAAGUGCUCGAUCGUGAGCUGGUGCUGUUUCUGCACAGCUGCUACUACAGAGUGGAGGCGGCCAAGGUUACAGCGGACACUUACUUCACAGCACGCACGCAUCUGCCUGAGUUUUUUGCUCACCGAGAUGCAACCAAACCGGAAGUGCAAUUGGCUGCUAAGGUCGUAGGGUUCGUGACGCUGUCCAAGCCCACGCCCGAGGGCCACAAAGUCAUCGUGGCCCGGUUCGUCGACCCGGACCCCUCCAACUUCGUGCACGUAGACGCUACGAAAGUGUUCUUGAUGGUGACCGACCUGUGGCUGCUGUCCGAGGGCUCGGCGCCGGGUCACGUGAUCGUGUUUGACAUGACGAACGUCACCUUCGGGCACGUCACGCGCCUGGGGCCGCUCGUGUUCAAGAAGUUUUUCUACUACCUGCAGGAUGCUCUGCCAUUUCGUCUCAAGGGACUACAUUUCAUCAACGUGGUCCCCUUGUUAGACAAGAUUAUGGCCAUUAUCAGGCCUUUCCUGAAGAAGGAAAUCUUGGAUGUGUUACAUAUUCACGCAGAAGGUAUGGAAAGUUUCUACAAGUUCGUUCCCAAGGAGAAUCUAACUGAGGACUACGGUGGUGCUGCACCGUCAUUUAUAUCAAUACACAAUCGAGAAUUAGCGCUGUUCUUGCACAGCUGCUACUACAGCGUGGAGGCUGCGAAGGUGACCGCAGACACCUACUUCACGGCCCGCACCCACCUGCCAGAGUUCUUCAGCAACCGAGACGCCACGCGGCCGGACGUCGCGCAGGCGGCCAAGAUUGCAUGCAUGUCCAAGCUGCCCAAAAAGACUCCAGAGGGCUACACAGUUAUAUUCUGCCGCAUGGUGGACCAGGAUCCGUCUCACUUCGUGCACCACGACGUCGUGAAGGUGUUCUUCAUGCUGAUGGACCUCUUGCUGCUAGAAGAGGGCACCGCGCCGGGUCACAUCAUCAUUAUGGACAUGGACGGCAUCAACCUGGGGCACGUAGCUCGCCUCAGCAUCAUCACGUACAAAAAGUUCUUCUACUUUCUGCAGGAAGGACUUCCUUUUCGCCUGAAAGGACUGCACUUCAUGAAUGUUGUACCUUUCAUGGACAAGAUUAUGGCAAUGAUGCGGCCUUUUAUGAAUAAGGAAAUUCAAGAUAUGUUACGUCUCUACAAGGUGGACAACGUGGAGCAACUUUACAAGUAUGUACCAAAGGAUAUACUGCCCGAAAAUUACGGAGGAACGGCACCAUCAUACAUGACGUUAGCGGACGCUGCCGCGCCUGCUGGCGAACGCCCCCUACUUCGCCGCCGAGGAGCAACGCCGGGUGGAGGAGUCGAGGAGGCCGGGGCGCGCGCGCAGCGCUGGAGACCUCUUCGGCGUCGAAGGCUCAUUCAAGAAGCUCGACAUCGACUGAACCCCCGCAACAUUUCUUCUUUGCCGCCGAUAUUACUGUCUUAUGCGAGAAACGGUCGGAAUCACUGCAACAAAGAAAGUAAGCACUUCCUUAGGAGCUCCCGCGGCCGGGAAAAGAACGUGCUUGCAUUGAAAAACCAUCGUUGAAGCCGCAAGAAAGCGAGCGUGUUUUUGUACGCAGGAAAUUAAAAAUGUAUUUGAAUAAAAACUCAACGUCUUUUAUGGAGUUGAACAUUUUAAUUGUUAAUAUGUGUCAAUUUUCAUUUGUGUUUGAGUAACAACUUACUAUUCCAUCAAGUAAAUCGGAUGGAUUCUCUUUUCCACAGGGAGGGGGCAGGGCCACAUAAUUAUGUUGAAAUCCCCACAGUACCACAAUCCAGCCCAACUGAGAAAACAAACGUGCCCCGAAACACUGGCGGACCCGGGGGGGGGGG